CAUUAACGCAGCCUUGAAUGUGUUUGUGUGUCCAGAAAAAAAAUCUGCCCGUGGUUCCACUGCCUGAAGGCGCCACCUUGCGUGCUGUUGGCAUGCUGAAUGGAGAAGUGUUGUACGCAGCGGUGGAGGCUUCUCAGGGUGCCACUGCUGCUGCUCCCCCGCCGCCAUCCACGUCCACCCCCUCUCCCAGGUCAGCAACUUCACGAUGUUCAAAAAGUACAAGACCUCGCCCUGAUGCUGAGUCUGUUGUGGUUCCAUGCAGCGGGAAGGCGAGUCUCCCCUGUUUCAGCCGGAAGAGGAAGUGCAAGCAGCGGCACCGGCGAGCUUGCAACAAAAAGCCUCCAAGCGCCUUCAUGUGUUUCUUGAGGGAGAAGCGCCCGGCGCUGAAGGCCCAGAUCGAGCAGAAGGACGCCGUGGGCGUCAACAAGCUGCUGGGACAGCUGUGGGCGUCGUUGACCAAGGAGCAGAAGGCCAAGUACUACGAGCAGGCCUAUGCGGAAAAGAAGCUCCUGGAGCAGAUGUCCUCUGACGGCUCCAGCAGCAAUGACGAAGUGCGUCGUCUACGCCUCGACACUUGCAGAAAGGUGAGCACCGUGACACGGCAUCUAAGCUGCGUGGUGUCUGCGUGCAGGGCGCCAACAAGAGGGGGCGGAACAGCAACGCAACCUCCUCUAGCCGCGCAGGUCGCCAAGAGGCCUGGGACACCCAAGAUGGCCCCUCCUCCUCCGAUUCCUGCACCUCCUCUUCCUCCUCAAUCUCCUCGUGGCUGGAGAACGUCAUCACCACCGAGGCGCACGACUCCCCGGCCGCCAAGGGCCCCGACUCAGGUGAGGAGUCCGACAUUGAAGGAAUGGACGCCAAGCUGCUGCACUUGCUCGGCUGCUGUUAGCCCCGCCCGCAGCCUGCAACACACUCACUCACUGUGUUUCUAUUUAUAAGUGUAAAUAAUGUAUAGUUAAUGAUAAAAAUCUAAAUUAUUUUAAUAUACACACCUUUUUGUUACAAUUCAAUGAUUUCAUUGUUGUGAUGCUGAGGGGAUACCUUGGAAACAUUUAAUGCAUCCAUAAACUGAGACGACCCAGUGGUACUUCAACCUACGAAUAUCUUAACACACGAGCUGUGUCUCGCCUUUUUUAUGACUAACUUGCAAACAAGGUUUAAGUUACGAGCCUCCACGCUGCUGGGGGGGCGCACUAAAGGUCAAAUGAAUGCCGGAAGAGCCGCCUCAAAACAUCGGUUCUCCUUGCUAGAAUGAGUUAAGAGCUACAGUUUGACAUUAGUGCUGCACCAAAUGAUUAUUUCUCAGAUCGGUUAAUCUUAUCGAUUAUUUUUUUCAGUAAAUCCCUAAAUUUGAUUUAUUUUUGUAUGAACCAUACAAACUGAAAUCCCCCAAAAUACAUGAACAAUUUUCUUACAUGUAGAAACUUGAAAUGCAUGUUGUUUGGUCGAAAUACAAAAGAAAAUUACCCGAAAGACACAUUUUAUUCCUUCGCCACCUUUAAAGGCCUACUGAAAUGAGAUUUUCUUAUUUAAACGGGGAUAGCAGGUCCAUUCUAUGUGUCAUACUUGAUCAUUUUGCGGUAUUGCCGUAUUUUUGCUGAAAGGAUUUAGUAGAGAACAUCUACGAUAAAGUUUGCAACUGUCAGUGCUAAGAGAAAAGCCCUGCCUCUACCGGAAGACGCAGACGAUGAUGUCACACGUGUGGGGGCUCCUCACAUAUUCACAUUGUUUUUAAUGGGAGCCUCCAACAAAAAGUGCUAUUCGGACCGAGAAAACGACAAUUUCCCCAUUAAUUUGAGCGAGGAUGAAAGAUUUGUGUUUGAGGAUAUUGAUAGCGACGGACUACAAAAAAAAAAACAAGUAAAAAAAACAAAA